ACAGCGGUGAAGUCAUCAAGUAUUUCCUAGAGAUUGAUGGAAGCAGAAACCAAAACACUUCCCCUGGAGAACGCAUCCAUCCUUUCAGAGGGCUCUCUACAGGAAGGGCACCGAUUAUGGAUUGGCAACCUGGACCCCAAAAUCACAGAAUACCACCUCCUCCAGAAGUUUGGCAAGGUCAAACAGUUUGACUUCCUCUUCCACAAGUCAGGCGCUUUGGAGGGGCAGCCUCGGGGGUACUGUUUUGUUAACUUUGAAACUAAGCAGGAAGCAGAACAAGCCAUCCAAUGUCUCAAUGGCAAGCUGGCACUGUCUAAGAAGCUGGUGGUACGAUGGGCACAUGCUCAAGUAAAGCGAUAUGAUCACAACAAGAAUGACAAGAUCCUUCCAAUCAGUCUUGAGCCGUCCUCAAGCACUGAGCCAACUCAGUCUAACCUAAGUGUCACUGCAAAGAUCAAAGCCAUUGAAGCAAAGCUGAAGAUGAUGGCAGAAAAUCCUGAUGCAGAGUACCCAGCAGCACCUGUCUAUUCCUACUUUAAGCCACCAGAUAAAAAAAGGACUACUCCAUAUUCCAGAACAGCUUGGAAAUCUCGAAGAUGAUGGUUAUGAAUUAUUGUAGCGGCAAAAGAAAAUUGAUAUCCACACCUAAGCUCCUUUGCCUUUGUACUUUGUAGAUAUAAGCGGUACUGUCCAACAGAGCACAAUCACAUGUUAGAAUUUGGUAAUACAACGUUUUUGGUUGUUCCUGAUAUGUCUUCCCUAAACAAUAUGUGGAAUUGAGUGUCAUCCAGAAUAAAUAGGAUGAUGUCCAAAACUGUGAUUUGAACACUGAGAUGCUCUAGUUGGCUGGGUUUGCUUGAAUUUUUAACUCCAGAAAUA